CAGCAUUGAACCCGCCCGUCUCACACACACACUCCCACUCUACACAUCCCUCACAAUGGCCGGUCUCCUCGGAAAGAAGUUCCCCACGCCCGUCGCAAAGCCGAUGUGGCCUUUCUACGCUGCCGGCUUGAUCAUCGCAUACGGCGUAAACUCCUUCCAAACCGUCCUUGCAAACACCGACGAAUACAAGAACGACCCAAGGAACCCAUCGAAGAACAUCGUGAAGAAGGAUCACUAGGAGGGAGGCAGGCAGGCGGCAGCGUGAGAGAAGAAGUGGCCAUGAUGACACGACGAUGUGAAGGAGGUUGGAGAGAAGGGAAGGAAGCUCAGCAUAGGUAGCGCUGGGCUUUGGACGUGGACAGUGGGGAAAACCUUGUGUCGCAGCUUGCUAUAGAAGAGAAAUGGGAAGCGGACUGUACUGUACAUUUUACCCACUAUACCAUUGUCAUUACCACACCCGG